GCAUGCCCAGUGCCUGCGCAGUGACGGCACGGGCUGCGGCGGUCAUGGCGGCCCGGUGUGUGAGCCUGGCGCGGCGCAGCCUCCCGGCUUUGGCGCUGUCUCUCAGGCCGGCGCCGCGGUCGCUGUGCACGGCGACGAAGCAGAACAGCGGCCCGAGCCUGGACGAGGAGGCCGGGCCGGCCGAGCCCAAGGCGGAGAGGAGCCUGGCGGAGGAGAAGCUGCGGCUGGAGGAGCAGCUGCGGGAGACCACGGAAAAAUACAAACGAGCCCUGGCCGACACCGAGAACCUGCGGCAGAGGAGCCAGAAGCUGGUGGAGGAGGCGAAGCUCUACGGCAUCCAGGGCUUCUGCAAGGACCUGCUGGAGGUGGCGGACGUGCUGGAGAGGGCCACGCAGAGCGUCCCGCGGGAGGAGGUGCGCGACGACAACCCGCACCUCAAGAGCCUGUACGAAGGGCUGCUGCUGACGGAGGCCCAGAUGCAGAAGGUGUUCGCCAAGCACGGGCUGCUCCGGCUCGACCCCGUGGGCGCCAGGUUCGACCCCUACGAGCACGAGGCGCUGUUCCACGCGCCCGUGGAGGGCAAGGAGGCGGGCACCGUGGCGCUGGUCAGCAAGGUGGGCUACAAGCUGCACGGGCGCACGCUGCGGCCCGCGCUCGUGGGCGUGGUGAAGGAGGCGUAGCCCUGGGGCUGCCGCCCUCCCCCGGACCCUGCUGGGACAGGUGACGCGGGCGCCGGGGCCGCGGAGGGCGGACGGGACCCCUGGCCUGGCGCGAGUCACCCUGUCUCUGCCCAAACACAAUAAAAGCUGUGGCUCGGGUCCCCGGACGCGUCGUCCGCAGUGUGUGCGCCUCCCGCGCAUGCGCCCAGCGCGGGAACGGCCGGAGCCGAAGCGUGUUUUCUGCUGAGUCCGGGCGGCCGCCCUGGAGCGACAACACCUGGGCCUCACUCACCGGAACCAGAAGCGCUUCCGGCGCUGCCCAGCGACCUGCACGGCGGCGGACUUCCGGGGCGCGAGGGCUGCCGCCCACCCUUCUGUGUGAGAGCAUUAAAGCCCGAAUUCCUGUUUA